AUGUCCCGCGAUCCAUACCGCUCAUCCGGAGAGCUACGUUAUCCGCCCCGAGGCGGCGAACGUUGGGAUUCUGAGCGCCUCGAACGGGAGCGUCGCUCUGACGGCAGAGAGGAAUUCUUCGAAGAGCGAGACUCACGAUUCUUGGGUCCCCCGCGCAACCCGCGGGCAAGAGAGCGUUCUGUCGAUGAGAUUUACGAACGGGAGCGCCGAGGACCUCGAGGCUACGAAGAUGACAGAUUCGAGAGACGAGUUGAGUAUCAUGAUGAGCCACGGUUUGAGCGGGAGCGGCCGAUUGGCAGGGACAGAGGACCGAGUGUUACGAUUGAGAAGGAGAGGGAGAGGGAGUACGUUCGGGAGGAUCCGCCGGCCCGACCGGCAUUCUUGCGGAGACAGUCGAGUUUGGAUACCUUUGAUCGCAAGCCAAUGACCAGAUAUGUGGAGAGAGAUAUCAGGGAGAGGGAUGAAUACGGUCCACCUGCGAGAUAUCGAGAGGAUGUCAGACAAGCUCCCCUUGCUCCGUUGACUCCAGUCCCGCUUCCCCGAUCAAGAGGGUUACCGCCCCCACGACGAUAUGCUGAGAGAGAUUAUUACGACGAGAUUGAGAUUGCGGAACCAGAUUACUAUGGCGACGGUGAUUACAGGAGAUACCCCGAGCGUGUCCGUGAACGAGAAAUUAUCAGAACGAAGCGGAGAAGCCGAAGCAGAGAGAGCAGAAGCCACAAAGGAAGUGUGCGAAGCAUCAGCCCAGCGUCUUCCACUAGCAGUGAGAGUGUUACAACUGUUAGUGUGAAGUCUGAGUUCCCGAAGAAGGGGAAGACGAGAAUGCCUGCCCGACUUGUGAGCAAGAAGGCGAUCAUCGACUUGGGAUACCCAUUCGAAGAAGAGGGCAAUGUUAUCAUCAUCCAGAAGGCCCUUGGACGUGAGAACAUUGACGAAGUCAUCAAACUGAGCGAAGACUACAAAUCUUCUGAGAAAAUCGAAAUCAAAAUGUCCGGCGGGCGCUCAGAAGCCGGAACCAUCAUCGAGGAACGCCGGCAAGAGGUCUUCACCAUCCCACCCCCACCACCUCCGGGAAAUUUCGAGGUUAUCAAAGACACCAAGAUUACUGAGAUACACCGUGACCACUCUCCCGCUAGAUCCUCCCACCACCUCCACCACCACCACCACGACGGCGCAGUCAUCCUUGACGCUCAUCCUCGAGAGGAAAGCACAUUUGUCGAAACGAAGAGAGAAUGGGUGGAACACUCUGAUCCCAUCCCCGUUGGUCCUCUCGCCUUAGCAAUCCAACCCGAUCGUUACCGGCCUAAAGACGAGCGCGCUAUCCGCGCCGAGAUCAAAGCCCUCGAAGCCGAGAAAGAAGCUCUCCGCGCCGAGAAGCGUGCCGAGAGAGAACUCCGCAAAGCAGACCGUAUCCGUCGUGGCGGCCGCGCCUCCGAAACUGAUCUCGUGCUCUACGAGACAGACCGGUACGAGGCACCGGAGGAAGAGUAUAUGGUGGUGAGGAGAGAGCGCAUCGAGGAACCUGAGGGUGGAGUCAGGAUCGAGAAGGACAGGAAAGGUAAGAUGAGCAUUAGCGUGCCGAAAUACUAUCUGAAGUGA